CUUUAUUACACGAAUUCGAGUUGCUGUUGCAUUGAACUCACUUAAACCUCCUAAUAUCUCAGAAAGCCAUACGCAUAUCACCAUGGCCUCCAACGGAACCCCCUCCGAAUUCCCCUACACCCUAACAAUCUCUCUCCCUCUCCCUACCAACCGCCUGGCGUCCGCCGCCCUGCGCACCCUCGAGGUUGACACCGAGCUCUCCCCCUUCGUGAAGCGCAGUUUCGCCCUGACAACGCCGACCAAAGAGCAAACCGCCGACGAAGAGGCCAAAACUGUGCUGGAGACGACCUACUGCGCGACGACGAAUCGCAUGCUGCGUGUCUCUGUGAAUGGCUUUAUGGAAAACCUGGCAGUGGUGCUUGGAGUGAUGGAAGAAUUGGACGUGGAUGUUCUAGAUGCGGAUGAUGAGAAAUGAAUGAUGGAUCUGUCUUAGUGCAGAUGGAGACAGGAAAAGCAAAUGCGAGGUUUACUGUGCUAUGUCAUGCUACACGCUACAUGGGACAUCUCAUGAGGGUUAGAUGUGCCCGAUUAUUGGGUCGAUCAAGACUAUAUCGGUAUUUUGCCGCUGGCCAUGAUCGUUCGGACGGAACACGGAUACCGGAUGUUCCUCGCGGUGCAGGCAAGCCGCGUCCGGGGGGUUGUGGAUGGGAGAUGUGCGUACCGUGGAUGGGGCAAACCACCAACGUACCUGUGUGCGUGGGCUUGUUCGGCGAUGGGGCUUGAAUUGUGAUUCGAGUCAGGAGUGUGUAUAGCUGGUUGGGUAAUAUGUGGAUAGCGUGGAAUGUGGUCUGCCGAAUUGUACGAUGUGAG